GGCGAAGAAGAAGAAAGCUCCGCCCUGCUCCUUCGUCUCUUCCGGAUCCAUGAUAUCAGCACAUUUUAUUUAUUGUUGAAUAUAUAUUUAUAUCUCUUGUCAGUGUUGUGCCAUAUUUUAUAACAGAGACACCAUAACACUUAUAUAAGGCUGGCAGUUUCAUAUAGCUCGCUAAGGCUCCCAUUGAACAAACUGAGCAACAUCCAGUCAUGGAGGAGGAGAUAGUGGAGACACCGGAGGAGCAGCUGGCAAAGAAGCACCGCAAGGAAAAGAAAGAUAUGCAAGCUAAAAUCCAGAGCAUGAAAAAUGCAGUCCCCAAAAAUGACAAGAAAAAGAGGAAACAGUUGACAGAGGAGAUUGCUAAACUAGAGGCUGACCUCAGCCAGAAACAUGAGGAGGAAUUCAGGCAACUGAAAUCUACAACUGACACAAAGAUGGAAGAGGUGAUAAAUGGAGUGGAGACCAUGAAGACGGAGGAUGGAGAACAAGAAGAGGUGAAACAGCCACGUGUAACCAAGGCCCAGAAGAGAAGGGAAAAGAAGGCUGCCCAGGAGAAGGAGCGGGAGAGCAGGAUAGCAGAGGCCGAGGUGCAAAACCUGCAGGGUGUGAGGCACCAGGAGGGUUUGAUGCUGGCUCAGAAACUUGCCCAGCAACAGCUUCAGAUCAAGGAGAUCUCUUCCGAUGGCCACUGCAUGUACCGUGCCAUUGAAGAUCAGCUGGCACAUCGAUCAAAGCCUGAGUUAAUGAUGAGUGUGAAAGAACUGCGGUCCCGCACUGCUGAGCACAUGAGAAGCCAUGCUGAUGACUUCCUGCCUUUCCUCACCAACCCCGACACUGGUGACAUGUACACAACAGAUGAGUUUGAGAAAUACUGCAGUGACGUGGAGCACACAGCAGCUUGGGGUGGGCAACUAGAAUUGCAAGCUUUGACCCAAGUUCUUCACUUGCCAAUAGAAGUGAUCCAGGCAAACUCCUCAACUAUAAAAAUUGGGGAGGAAUUUGGAAGUGAAGUCAUCACCCUUGUGUAUGUUGUGUCUAUAUGCGUCAUGCCUAUGGACUAGGAGAGCACUACAAUUCUGUGGAGCGGUUAAAGGACCCAGCCAGUGCAGAGGACAGCUGAGAGACAGCUCAGUCUUGGUGUGACGUAAACCAAUGUGUGUAAUGCAGAGAGUGUUCAAGCCACUCACACCAAGGGCCCCUAAAUACAAACGUAUUUGGAGGGAGAUCCCCCCCCCCCCAUUGAGGACAUUGUUAAGAUGAGGUUAACUGAGAAUGUUGCAGUUUUCAGAAUGGGUUAAACACAUAAUGGUACUUUUCUGUUUAGAAGUCAAAAGAUAUCAGUGGGGAGAGUGAAAUCUAAUAGAAUUCAUCACUUCUGAAAACAGUGCCAUUGUGCGGUAACACUUUAUUUGGAUAGUCUGCCUACAGAUAGUUUAUAGAGUAUUUGUAACAUUUUAACGCUUUGUCUGUAGAUGUUUAACAGAUUAUCAAUAGAGCACAUGUGACUAUUCAUGAACAUCCCGAGAUGUUUUUUGUGGCUAAACUUAACCAAACCUAGAAAAUGGUUUUAUUUGUGAAACAGUUGAAUUAUUGAAUCUCAACUAGUAAGCUGUUGAAAUGUUACAAAUACUCCAUAAACUAUCUGUACACGGACUAUCCAAAUAAAGUGUAACACAUUGUGCCAAUAAAAAUAGCCUACAAUGGAAAUUAAUGAUUUUCCAGUGACCCCGAGUUCCCUUCAGCCCAUUUUUAGAAAGCAAAUCCACUUGGGCAGGAGAGGAUGUAAGAGCCGCUGAUCAUGCAUGUCACUCAACCAAAUGUCAACAGAGUCACAGGGAGGUUGUUGAACUUUUGCAGUGCUCUUGGAAUGAACUGAAUUGUUGAACUUGUAAAUCAUAGCAGUGUUACAUAAACAUAUACAAUACUAAUAA